AUGGCUCAAAGAAUAUGUGCCCAGUUUGACACCACGCAGAAGCCAGAACUCUCAGCUACGAUAUUCCAAUCUAACACAAAAUGCUCGGAAAAAGUGUGUCAGGCGAGUAUAAUGGAUAUUCCGAAUCGUGGCGAUACUCCGAGGACAGUGGAAGAGGUAUUCAAGGAUGCCGAAUCUUUUCUCAAACAGUACUACGCAUCUAUACGAAGAGAAAAUUCCGAAGCGCACACAGGAAGGCUGGAGGAGGUAAAGCGGGAGUUAAAUGAAAAAGGAACCUACCAGUUGAAAACUUCCGAAUUAGUGUUCGGAGCUAAGUUGGCAUGGCGGAACGCUAACAGAUGCAUCGGUCGGAUACAGUGGAAAAAAUUGCAAAUAUUCGAUUGCAGAGAAGUAACCACAGCGAGUGGAAUGUUCGAGGCGCUCUGUAAUCAUAUCAAAUACGCUACAAAUAAAGGAAAUAUAAGGUCAGCAAUAACAAUAUUCCCGCAACGCACAGACGGCAAGCAUGACUACAGGAUAUGGAAUCCGCAGCUAAUCAGCUAUGCUGGUUACUUGGAGCCAGAUGGUUCUGUACUGGGAGAUCCGGCGCGAGUCGAAUUUACUGAGAUCUGCAUUAGACUUGGCUGGAAACCACCUCGCACUGCAUGGGAUAUAUUGCCUCUAGUGCUGUCAGCAGAUGGCAAAGAUCAGUACUUCGAAAUCCCACGGGAAAUUAUUAUGGAAGUGAAAAUGGAACACCCCAAAUAUGACUGGUUCAAAGAGCUAGACUUACGCUGGUACGCGUUGCCUGCGGUUUCCAACAUGAGACUGGACUGCGGUGGUCUGGAAUUUACGGGCACCGCUUUCAAUGGCUGGUACAUGGGAACAGAGAUCGGUUGUCGCAACUUCAGUGACGCCAACCGAUUAAAUGUUAUCGAGACAGUAGCAACAAAAAUGGGUUUGGAUACGAAUUCGUAUGUGUCUCUCUGGAAGGACAGUGCUCUGGUCGAAGUCAAUAUAGCAGUACUGCACAGUUUCCACAGAGACAACGUCUCUAUAGUGGACCACCAUUCCGCUUCUGAGCAAUUCAUAAAACAUUUGGACAAUGAAAACAAAAGCAGAGGAGGAUGUCCUGCCGAUUGGAUCUGGAUAGUACCGCCAAUGUCUUCGUCUUUGACUGCUGUGUUUCAUCAGGAAAUGGCACUAUACAAUAUGAGACCUUCUUAUGAUUAUCAAGUAAGUAGUCACUGUUAUAUUAUAAAUGUUAAAGUGAGCUUGUUUUUUAGUUACAUCUUGGCGCCUCAGCUCAACUAA